AGAAAAAUAAUAAUGGCUCCAGCGACUAACUGGCUUUCAUUUUCACUGUCUCCAAUGGAGAUGUUGAGGUCAUCUGAAUCUCAGUUCGUGUCCUAUGAUACCUCCUCUGCUGCAUCUCCUCAUUACUUGAUCGAUAACUUCUAUGCUAAUGGGUGGGGAAACGUUCCAAAACCCCAAGUAUUCUUCACUGAACAGACAACCAACCAAGAGAAGGAAGCUCAUCAACAAGCAGUCAUCGCGGAUUCUCCCAUCCUCACCACCUUCAUCGACCCACAAACCCACACUCAACCGAAACUCGAGGAUUUUCUCGGCGAUUCUUCUUCACUCGUCCGUUACUCAGACAGCCAGACCGAGACUCAGGACUCGUCACUGACACAAAUCUACGACCACCAGACCUCCGCCUACUUCAACGACCCACAAGAUCUCAAGGCGAUUACUAGGUUUCAAGCCUUCUCGACUAACUCGGGAUCGGAGGUGGAUGACUCAGCCUCCAUGGGCCGUACUCAGCUAACUGGAGGCGAGUUCACGGGUCACUCGAUUGAGUCUUCGGGGAACGAGUUGGCGUUCUCUAGUUGUCCUACAGGUGCCUUGUCACUCGGGGUUAAUAACACUACUGCCAAUAACCAUAACGCUAAUAACCAGCUGAGUUCUGAUAACGCCAAGGCCAUUGUCUCAGUUGAUAAUUCAGAUGGCUCUAAGAAGAUUGCUGAUACUUUUGGUCAGCGAACCUCCAUUUACAGAGGAGUCACCAGACACAGAUGGACGGGUAGAUAUGAAGCGCAUCUUUGGGACAACAGCUGUAGGAGAGAGGGGCAAGCGAGAAAAGGGCGUCAAGUAUACCUAGGUGGAUAUGACAAGGAAGAGAAGGCAGCUAGGGCUUACGAUUUGGCAGCUCUAAAAUACUGGGGUCCCACUGCAACCACCAACUUCCCUAUCUCCAAUUAUGGUAAGGAAUUGGAAGAGAUGAAACUAGUAACCAAACAAGAAUUCAUUGCAUCCUUAAGAAGGAAGAGCAGCGGUUUUUCGAGGGGAGCUUCAAUAUACCGGGGUGUCACAAGGCAUCAUCAACAAGGGCGAUGGCAAGCGAGGAUAGGCCGGGUUGCUGGGAACAAAGAUCUUUACCUUGGAACAUUUGCCACCGAGGAGGAGGCAGCUGAGGCAUACGACAUCGCGGCCAUAAAGUUCAGGGGAUUAAAUGCGGUGACGAAUUUCGAAAUGAACCGGUACGACGUGGAAGCUAUCGCCAAGAGUGCCCUUCCCAUUGGGGGAGCAGCAAAACGCCUGAAGCUAUCACUCGAAACGGAGCAAAAACCAAUCAUCAGCCAUCCCGUCCAGCCCCAACCCCAAUGCAGCAGCACCGGCAACAUCAACUUCGCUUCUUCCAUUCAUCCACCAUUCUCCACAAUCCCCUGCGGCAUCCCAUUUGACACCACUCUUUACCCCCAUCACAACCUCUUCCACCACUACCAAACUACCAACAUUCCCACCACCCAUGCUCCACUCCCCAUCUCCGAUUCAUCGGUCUCCACUUCGACAAUGCCAACUCCGAUGACCCUUUUGCCGCAGCAGCCGGCUGAGUUUUUCAUAUGGCCUCCUCAUCAAUCAUACUGAAGUGAUGAUAUCAUGAUCGGGAGGUUACUCUCUUUUUUUUUUUUUUUUGCCUUAAAUAUAAUCUGCAGUUAUAGUUUUCAAUUAAGCUAACUUUAGCAAAGAGCCCUUUUUAAAUGUUGUUGGGAUCCUUUCCAGCUGACCGAAAAUGAUCGUCUGUCGAGUUAAGACUUCUCACCUGUUUAACCUAGGCCAGAUAGUAGGAAAAAAAAGGGUUUUGAGUUUUUUGUUUUUCUUCUUUGUUUAUGAAGGGUAGAGAGCUGUCAGUUCCAAUGGUAGGGAAGCUGGGUUUUGUAAGUAAA